GAAACUCAAUGCCCGCAAAAUUUGUGUGUGAGAGAGAUUCCUGCUCGCGGACUUAGGAAACUAGAGAGAGCGAGAAAGCUCGUCUGCAACUGAAAAGAAAAAGAGAGUGGACCCAGAUUCGUCGUCUUUCAAAACAUGGCCAAAGCAUUUCAUUCUCUUUUGUCCCGCCAAGAAAAGUUCACCACGUGGAACGAUCAUGACAGUACGAUUCACGCAAGGUUACUGUCUGGACCGUUGAUGAAGCCCGUAGCCCGACACCCGUACUCUUUAAAGGCCUCGAAGAGCUCCCAGUGUCUGCAACUCCUCUUCGUCUCUGCUUCUAGACUUGUGUGAGUAUCCGGAGGAUAUAAAUGGCGAGUGAAGAUGGGCAGGGAGAGGGAAGCAAUCGUUCGUGUUUCCCCCAUGUUAAGCUCAAUGAACGUAUUCUCUCAUCCAUGUCUAGGCGCUCUGUUGCUGCACAUCCAUGGCAUGAUCUAGAAAUUGGCCCUGGAGCUCCAGCAGUAUUUAAUUGCGUUGUGGAAAUUGGAAAGGGUAGCAAAGUUAAAUAUGAACUGGAUAAAAUUAGUGGCCUCAUAAAAAUUGAUCGGGUUCUUUAUUCAUCUGUUGUUUAUCCCCACAACUAUGGUUUCAUCCCUCGAACAAUCUGUGAAGACAGUGAUCCCAUGGAUGUGCUAGUCUUGAUGCAGGAACCAGUGCUACCUGGUUGUUUUCUGCGGGCCCGAGCUAUUGGCUUGAUGCCCAUGAUUGAUCAGGGCGAGAAGGAUGAUAAGAUAAUUGCAGUAUGCGCUGAUGAUCCUGAGUUUCGCCAUUAUCAGGAUAUCAAGGAGCUUCCUCCACAUCGCCUUGCUGAGAUACGGCGCUUCUUUGAAGAUUAUAAGAAGAAUGAGAACAAGUCGGUUGCUGUGAAUGACUUCCUUCCAGCUGAAGCUGCCAUAAAAGCGAUUAAGUAUUCCAUGGAUCUGUAUGCCUCUUAUAUCAUAGAAUGCUUAAGGCAGUGAGUUAAUUCUAGUUUAGCAUCACAAAAUGGGUAAUAAAAUGGCUUUUGUUAACCCCCAGACAUUUCCUAUGUGUACUGAACAGCUUUGAUACAACAAGAAAGACUUGAACAUGUUCUCGAUUGUGAAUCUUCAGCGUGUAUUAUAACCACUUGGUUGAAGCAAAGGGAUUAUUAAAUUGAAAGGUAUGCUAAUGGGC